AUGGUUUUUAUUCCCUUUUAAAUAUAUAUUUAACAAUCRAAUCGAGUGCCCUAUAUUUAUAAGCAUGUUKUAAGAAGGAGUGGUAGUAUUCAUUGCGUAAAUGGAUUCGAUAAGAAAAAAAGCUUUACGUAUAAMUACAUAAAGUGUGUUUGUUCAACGUUCAUGUCAUUUUUGUCGUCACAAUAAAAAUAAUGUGGUCAAAAUUCAAAAUGUUCGUUUCUAUUAAGACAUCUAUUUUUACCCACUAUUAAAUAUUAAUUGGUGUUCUGUAAUUACUAAUAUCACUCGCAUUGAUUUCAGUUUUCUUUAAAGACUCUCGUUUUCACAGUUAACCAGYCAUAUUACCCAAGAGAAUAUCCACUGUUGACCGUGACCUAAAACUAGGCGCCUAGUACCUACUAUAUUCUGGUAAAUGAUUCUCCACCGUAAAUGUGCCCUUAUUUUCACACCAUCGUCCAGUGAACGAUUUCACAACUUCCUGUAGUUAAAACGAUCGCCAUUUCGUUCCGAUUACCAGUGCUACUGAGUUACAUCACUUGUUAUUGAUUUUUUUCCAACACAAGAGUAAAAACAACCAAAACGUCGUAGUCACGAUACCGAGCGACCGAUAACGUGACAUAAUAUUGGGAAAUACGUGUGUAAAAACAAAGCAAAACCGAAAACCAAAACAAUUAGUGUGAUAUGGUUCAUUUCAUACGGUAGAGGUGGAAUACAACCCGCAUAUGUUGAGGAUUAAUUCGUUGUUCAAAAUGACAGUUUACAAACGGUGUUUGUGUCAAAAGCAUCAUGUACAUCCGAGCUGAAAUCGAAUUGUCGUCAUGAAUACCACGCUUAACGAUGGAUACAAAACGAUUGUUGKCUUUAUUCUGGUUAUUGGCACUAGCCUGCGGUCGAAGAUUAAAUGACGAGCACACUAAACACAAUAAUACAAACAGGAAGUUACCUACAAAAUCAAUUGACGCUCAAGACGAUUUCAGCUCUCGAAGUUAUGGACUUCAAGGGCCAGAAGUAGAUUCUCCAGAUGAAUUUAAAACUGAGGUAUCUGAUGAAUGGAUGCCUACAAGUUCAAUGGCAAAACAAAUUCAUGAACCUGAAGUUGACGAUUACGGAGAACCAGAAAAACCAGAACAGCUAAAUGAACAAAAAGACAUGGAUUCAUUAGAAAGACUUAAUGAACCCGAAAAAAUUGAAGAUCCCGAAGAUGGUAAUGAAGACUUUGAGCAGGUGAAAAAAGUAAAAGAGGUGUCCAUAAUGACAUUGAAACCAAAAGAACGUAAUAAAGCAUUGGAUCCAAUAAGUGAUCAACAAGGCCGUUCUCCCAUGAGAAUCAUACGACCUAUGAGAGAUUUGAGUAUAAUUGUCAGAAAUCGGCACCAUCCUAUAUUAAUCGCCCGUCAAGUGCCYGUCCAUUGGAUACCUCGCCACCACCACCAUCCCCAUAAACCAACACAUCCACAUAAACCAUCACCACAUCCACACAAGCCACAUAUUCCACAUAAGCCACUACAUCCACAAAAACCAAUGUAUCCGCAUAAACCUCACCAGCCUUCGAUGCCAAAACACAAACCAUGUAAACCAUGUGACCCUAAAGUUCAUAAAAAACAUAAGCCGAAAAAACCAAAAAAACCAAAAAAAAAACCGAAAAAAGAACACUGUCACCAUCCGAAAAAACCGCAUCAUAAACGAUUAUUAUAUUAUGCUCCUAUGCCUACCGCCAUGAACUAUUAUUACGGGUCACAAAUUCCGAUGAAAUUGAUUACACCAAGUAAUAACUACGCUGUGGCCGAAAAUCUUGAGAACGAAGACGUWGAAAUUGAGACCGAAAAACCGUUUCACCAAGAAAUUGAAGAUGAUGUAGAAGAUCAUAGGUUAGCCGAAAUGAGUGAACCUUUUGAUGAAGAAGUCCCCGAUGAAAGUAAAAUAMAAUUAAUUGAGAAACCUUAAAAAGUGAAAGGUAACUUUUUAUAAWAGAAAAAAAUUAAUCAAAUUCGCAAUCAAAUUUUUAAUCAGAAUUAUUGAAUUACGUGUUUUAAAUAUAUAUUCCUUACCUAUGACAUUUAGGUAGAUACAAAUCUUAUUUAACCAUUCUACAAAACUUGAACUUCGAACGUCCACAGAACACUUCGUAUGGAAAGAACAAUAUUAUUAUAUUGAACGACAAAAAUAUUUAAACCUCAAAAUGAUCGGUAC